AUGACUAAUCCUUUCGAUGUUUGGAACUGUACUUGGAAAAUACUGUCCGAUGGAAUUCUUUACAAUAAAAGAAGAGAACUCAAUCUUCCAGAUUUACAAAUUUGUGAUGAUGAUUUGAAGAAUCUCUGUCUCAUUGAGAUUGCAAAACUGUUGACUGAAAAUGGAAGGACAUUAAAUGAUUACCCGUCUAUGCCUACCCCUGUAGUUGACGAUGUCAAUACCUUUGAUAACAAACUUAUAGCCGAUGAACUUAACUAUGAUAAAGUUCAAUUAGCUGCUCUUCAUGAAAGUUUGGUUCACAAGUUAACCGAAGAGCAACAUAGUGUCUAUCAACAAAUAAUGACAUCCGUGUUAUCUGGCCAUGGUCAAUUCUUCUUUUUAUAUGGUUACGGUGGUACUGGCAAGACUUUCUUAUGGAAAACACUUUCAGCCGGUCUAAGAUCUAAAGGAGAGAUUGUAAUCAAUGUUGCUUCGAGCGGAAUAGCUUCUUUAUUGCUUCCUAAUGGGAAAACCGCUCAUUCAACUUUUUGCAUCCCAUUGGAAAUAAAUGAAACAUCUACUUGCAACAUUAAACAAAAUUGUUUUAGAGCAGAACUAUUAAGAGCGGCCAGCCUAUUCAUAUGGGAUGAAGCUCCUAUGAUGAAUAGACACUGCUUUGAAGCAUUUGAUCGUACAAUGAAGGACUUGAUGGGAAAGGUAGACAAAAAAAACAGAGACAAGCCAUUUGGUGGAAAAGUUGUUGUCUUAGGUGGAGACUUUAGACAGAUAUUGCCAGUAAUUAGGAAAGGAUCAAGAAACGAAGUUGUUAGGGCAACAAUUAGCUCAUCAAAGUUAUGGAAGCAUUGCAAAGUUUUGAAAUUGACCAAAAAUAUGAGGUUGAAAGGUGACUGUACUGACAAGUCACAAACUGAACUCAGAGAAUUUGCUGAUUGGAUGUUGAAAAUUGGAGAUGGCUUAUUAGAUGGAGAUGAAAAUGGAGAGGCUGAAAUUCAAAUUCCGGAAGAAUUAUGUGUUCUGAAUAAUGACAAGCCUUUGCUUUCUUUAGUUGACUUUGUUUACCCUAAUAUUGUUAACGAUAUUGGGAAAAAUAAUUUCUUUCAGGAUGAAGCAAUUCUUGCUCCAACAUUGGAGAUUGUUAAGGAGGUCAACGAUUUUGUGCUAUCUAUGAUUCCAGGUGAAUCAAAAGAUUUUUUAAGCUGUGAUACACCAUGUAAAUCUGAUGAGGAUAAUGACGUUCAAGGCGACUGGUUUACAUCUGAAUUUUUAAAUGAUAUCCAAUGUUCUGGGAUACCGAAUCAUCGGCUAACACUUAAAGAGGGUGUUCCUGUUAUGCUGCUACGCAAUAUUGAUCAAGCCAGGGGCUUAUGUAAUGGUACCAGAUUACAGGUCAAGGAAUUGGGCAAGAAUGUUAUAACAGCUGUUGUUAUCAAUGGAACAAAUGACGGUGAAGUUGUCUAUAUUCCAAGAAUGGACUUAGUUCCUUCAGAUUCUGGACUUCCGUUCAAGUUUUGUCGCCGCCAAUUUCCCAUAUGCUUGUGUUUUGCAAUGACCAUCAACAAGAGUCAAGGACAAUCUCUCUCCAAGGUUGCAGUUUAUUUACCUCGACCAGUUUUUACACAUGGUCAAUUGUACGUAGCAGUUUCAAGAGUGACAACAAAAAAAGGCUUGAGGUUUCUUAUAUUAGAUGAAGAUCGCAACACCUGCACGACGACAACAAAUGUCGUCUUUCCUGAAAUUUUUGAGAAUUUAAAGGUUCAUAACAUAUUUAAUAUGUUGUUUUUUGAUGGUGCAUUUUUUGGGUUGGAAUCACUGCUUCCUAAUGUAGUUAUUUUCUUUAGUUAG